AUAAGAACUAGGUGGUCAACCCUAUAUAAACAUAUGAUUUCAUUAAUAGUCGACUCUUAAAUUGUUUAUUUUGUGUUGUGUUUAGAAUUAAAGAUGGAAUUUGAGUUAAUUGACUUUGUCAAAGCCAAUCCAAUAAUGUACGAUAAAAAGUAUCGUAGCCUGCAUUAUCGCGAACGAAAAAUGGCAAAAUGGAAUGAAAUCGCCAGGAAGUUGCGUCGAGAUCCCAAUACUCUAAGACUCAAAUGGAAAAGUCUGCGAGACACUUUCAAGAAGAGAUUACAUCGCAAGAAAGUCGAUGAGGAGGAUGCCCUUACGUCUAGAAAUUGGAAAUACCAUAAUGCACUUAUGUUUUUGAAAGAUCAAUAUACGGAGGUUCUUGUUGAUUACAAAUCAGAGAGGGAUGAAGAAUCCGACCAGGACUCACAAAUUGAACACACAGACCCUGACUAUACCAACGUCGAAGAAGAAUUUGAAGUUGAAAAUUUCGAUUUGAAUGACUAUCUUAAGAAAUUCGAUUCCAGUACACAACAAAACACUACUGCAACGACAACUACUGCUCAGGCUGCAAGCGAUGAACCUCCAAAGAAGAAGAAAUUCGAUAAAGAGACCAUGAUCAAUGAAGCAUGUCAAGAAAUGACUGCUUUGUUGCAAAGUGCCAAACACCACUUUACCCCUCCCAGUGCAACGCAAACAUUUUUCAAUUCCGUAGCAAUACAAGUGAUAGAGGCCAAAUUAAAUCCAGUCGAUUUGAUGCGCCUUCAACAAAGAGUACUAGAAGUAGUGACACAAGAAAUUAUGACGUAUCAACAGAAUAGAACUUACGAAACAUAAAUUUAAAAACAAGUUGUUACAUAUUUUCCCUAUACAAAUAGUCUUUUAAUAAAUCUCGAUUGAGGAAACCCUCAUUUCCUGAGUUACACUGAAAA